UCUUACGUGACAUCAGAAAAAGCAAUAUGCUUCAUCAUUAUAUAAAUAUCUAGAUUAGGAAUUAUUUUAUAGUUUAUUUAUUUAUUUUAUUCAAAAAAGCCCUUAAACCCUGCUGACUUAUAAACUUUAAAAAACCGUCGAAAGAUAUCAUAUGAAGACAAAACUCUACAUGCAAGAUUGCCAUUUUUGUUAAUGUGAUUCAGACACGUAGAGAAAAUGGAGUGAAGAUGUCAGUAACGCUUCCUUUUAUUCUUUCGGAUCCACUGCAGAUCUCUCUCAUCAAAACCCCCACUCUACUCACCCUUCUUCUCUGCGGUGCUGCUUCAAGUUUUCAGAUCACAGAUAUGAUUUCUGAAGUUGAAUUGCAAAGGAAUGUGAUUGCAUGUCCUGCAAAUUCAGAUGGAGAACUAUUGGUUUGUCCGAGGUAUCUUAUAACACAACUGAUGGAGGACUUGUUGAAUGAAAAGGCCAGCAAGGAGCAUGGAUACUUUCUUGCAGUAACUAGCUUGAAGAACAUUGACAAAGGACAAGUAUUGGACGAGUCAGGGUAUGCAUCCUUCCCUGUAACAUUUAAAUGUCGCACCUUUAAGCCUGUCAUCGGAGAUUUCCUACAGGGAGUCGUUCACUACACAUCUCGAGAAGGGGUCUUCUUACGAAUUGGGCCUCUGAAAUAUGCUUUUCUUCCAGUUUUGAAGAUGCCAGGUUACUCCUAUGUUUCUGAAGAAAAUCCAUAUUUCUUAAAUGGCAACACACAUGCAAAGAUAAAUAAUGGUAUAGUGGUCUACUUCGUGGUGCUUGGAGUGAGUUGGAUUGAGAAAACGGGGACUGUCGAGAGGGAAUUUGCACUCAUUGCUAGCAUAGAAGGUGAAAUCCUUGGACCAGUUUCACUUCCUGGGACUUAUGAACUCGACUUGUGAAUGGUGAAUGGUUUUAUACAUGCCAGCGUCAAUAAAAUUACUGACAUGCUUGCUGUGAACAUGGAUCUUAUGCAUUUGGAACCUCAAGAACACCUUUUGCUGUUUUGCUUUAUAUUUGCUUUGCUCAUGCUGCCUGUAAAAACCUGAAUGAUGAGACAAUGCUUAUCCUUUCCAAUAUAAACAUACAUAAGUUUCUUCUCCAAUUGA